CGGGAAGAGACGGGUAGCCCGGGCCAAGGUCUCCGCCGCAGGACGGUUAGCCGAGACCCCGGGGCACAGGGAAGGAGGGCCGCGGUGACCGAGGGGAAGCAUGUGGCGGCUACUGAUCCCGCUGGCCCUGUGGCUGGGCGCGGUGGGCGUGCGCGGGGCCGAGCUCACGGGGGCCCAGCGCCGGGGCCUGCAGGUGGCCCUGGAGGAAUUCCACAAGCACCCGCCCGUGCAGUGGGCCUUCCGAGAGACGGGUGUGGACAGCGCCGCGGACACGCCUUUCCCAGCUGGGACAUUUGUGAGGCUGGAAUUUAAGCUCCAACAGACAAGCUGCCGGAAGAAGGACUGGAAGAAACCUGAGUGCAAAGUCAAGCCCAAUGGGAGGAAGCGGAGAUGCCUGGCCUGCAUCAAACUGGGCUCUGAGGAUAAGGUUCUGGGCCGGAUGGUUCACUGCCCCAUACAGACACAGGUUCAGCGGGAGCUCGAGGAACACCAGGAGACACAGUGCCGCAGGGUGGAGCGGGCCGGCGAGGACCCCCACAGCUACUACUUUCCUGGACAGUUUGCCUUCUCCAAGGCCCUGCCUCCGAGCUGAUCCCUGAACUGAAUUUUGUCCUGCUUCCAGGACUCCUGCAGACCAUAACCAGUGGAAGGCCAUGCCCUUCCAGGGAGAGGAUCCCAUUAUAUCCUGAAUUAAUAAAACUCUCCCAGCUGUGUUC